AUGCAGUUAUCUGAGUUCCGCCAACAUAAUCUUCUCUAUACUCAGGAGGAGUUGUCAGAAUACAAACUUGGGGGAUAUCACCCUGUCACCCUUGGAGAUACCUUCAAGAAUGGUCGCUAUGAAAUCCACCAUAAGUUAGGAUUUGGGGGGUUUUCGACUGUGUGGCUUGCAAAGGACAGAGAACAAAACCAGUGGGUCUCGUUGAAGAUCAUGACCGCAAAUGCGUCAGAGUCAGGGGAGCUGAGAAACCUGAGACUUCUUCAGAAGCGAUGUGGAGGGAACCUUUCUUCAAAAUAUAUCAUUCAGCUGCUUGACGAGUUUACUCACGAUGGCCCUAACGGAGUCCAUCAAUGUCUUGUACUCGAAUUACUUGGCCCUACAGUCGAUACUGUCCUCAGAGAUUAUUGCGAGGGCAAUGACAAGCUCGAGCCGGAAGAUAUACUUCGAAUGUCUACACAACUCCUGGAAGCUGUUAGGUUUAUUCAUAGUGCAGGGAUGUGCCAUGGCGACAUCAGUGGCCGGAACAUCGCAUUUACCUGCAAUAAGCUGUUGAACUCACCCGAUAAAGGGUUCUUCGACGUUCUUGGCUUCCCGGAAAUUGAGCCGCUUGCCCGUAUUGAUGGAGCACCUUUAGACAACGGGUUGCCGACCCAGUUAGUUAAGGCAGCAGAAUGGGUCGACUGGAUUGACGAGGACGAGGAAAAUAUUCGGCUUUUUGAUCUUGGAGAGAGCUUUCUCGAAGGGGAGCAGCCCGAGAAGCUUGCCCAGCCGAGUAAUUUACAGGUACCUGAGACGAUCUUCACAGACCACUUUGAUUAUCGCCUUGAUCUAUGGCGAGCAGGUUGCAUGAUUUACGCUUUCGUGUUCACGAUCUACCCAUCUUGGUAUUUUGACGCUGACGAUUAUCUGGUUUUCCAAAUGAUUGGUUCUGUGGAGAGACUGCCAGUCGAGUGGGAGCCUCGAUGGAAGGAAAUGAAGACCAGCACUGGCCGUGAUUUGGCCAUAAAAGAAGACUACGAAACCUCCGAGUUAGAACACAAGUUUGCAGAAAGCGUGCACGACCCAGAGCUUCAACCUCUAUUAAAAGCGGCUCAAGGAUUACUACGAUUCCUACCAGCUAGUCGUAUCACUGCAGAUGAGGCACUCGAGAUGUUAUGCGACAAAGCGCAAGAAUAG